AUGGAAGACAUUUUUGGGUAUGGAAACAAGAAAGGAGUGCAGACGACCGAGAAAGACUCCCGCUUCUCGCUCUCCACCAAGAUGCAGGCUCCAUAUGGACUCAUCAAUGCCCCCAAGGACCACCACGCUCGUCUCCGCCGGGGACUCGCUGCCGUGUUCACAACUUCCGCCCUCAUCCAACAAGAAGUCAUCGUCCAAUCCCACGUGGACGAGCUCAUCGCCGCGUUCUCUAGCGCGUGUGACUCGGCUGGCAAUGGUACCGCAGUCGUUGACAUGGGCACCUGGGGCAACUUCUUCGCCUUUGACGUGAUCGGGUCGCUCACCUUUGGCAAGCCGUUUGGGUGUCUCAAGUCUGGCGGAAAGGAAAAUUUUACAUGGGCCAGGUCUCUGCGAGAGAUUGUUACAAUGGGCACAUACGAACAGGCAGCGAGCAGGCUUGUCGGGUUAAAUUCAGUGCUACAGCCAUGGGUGGUCUGGCUACUGGCUGACAAGAGCGCUUACGGGAGCCGCCUCCAAACAUACGGGAAGACCUUCAAGGCUAUCAACGACAGGGUUUCCAUGGGCGUCAAGGAGGACCACAAGGACUUUGUGUACCACAUCCUGAAGAACAACGAGAAUCGACACUUGCUGUCCGAGGCCGAGAUCCAGCUGAACCUCACGGGCUUUAUUAUAGCAGGGGGCGAGACCGUGGGCCUCACCCUGACGCUGUGGGCAUACUGCAUGGGCACACACCGGGAGGAGUACUUCAAGCUGCGCGACCUCAUCCGCGGGACCUUCGCCAAGGCGGAAGACAUCAAGUGGACCGCCCUCAAGGACAUGCCAUAUCUCAACGCCGUCCUCCGCGAGAGUUGGCGCAUGCCGAUAUUCGGCACGGUCCAGCGCCUCCGAGUCGUCCCGGAGAGCGGCAUGCCAAUCGAUGGCCACGAGCUCCCGGGUGGCACCGUGGUGGCAGUGGCUGAGUACGCCGCCAUGCACUCGCCCGACAACUUCAAGGACCCCUAUGUGUUCCGCCCAGAUCGUUGGCUCAACACCGAUCCCGAGACUAUGGAUAACCUUGGCCUUUCACGUCCCUUCUCAUACGGACCAAGAGAUUGCAUCGGAAAGAAUUUGGCAGGUAUCGAGGCAAGGUUGGCGAUCGCGCAAAUAAUUUGGCACUUUGACCUUGACAUUGAGCCUAUUGACAAUGGUGGACCAAACUGGCCAUGGAACAAAGAGGACGACUUCAAGCAUGUCAAGGCAGUGGCGGGGCCGAUAUUUAGCCCUCUAUGGGUGAAGCUUACAAGGGUUGUGAGGUGA